CAGAGAGGCUGGCGAUGGCAAUAGUGGAGUAGCGCUGGCAGUGUGUGUCGCUUUAAGGAUAUAAUGCUGGAGGAGGGGCAGCUUCCUGGGAAUCAGGUGCAUGUUUGAAGGGAUGAGCUCAUCUUUCCUACUCCACCUGCCCGAGACGCAGAGCUAGUCACUGUUUUCCCACUUGCAGGCCUUCCAGCUGGGAGGAGGCGGAAGCGGACGGAACUCCAGGCACUUUGUUUCAGGUUUAUAAUGGGAGGUGAGGCAGUCAUCAAUGGUUUUGGCAGAACACUACAAAGCCAGCAGAGUCAUUAAGUGACGCAAGCUUUUGAUUAUUUUUUUUUCCCCCUUCUCUCUGAAGUACUUUGGCAAGGCUGGCCGUCCCAGUCGCCGAAGAGAAGCAACAACUUCUGAAGAUCUGUAUGGGAUGUUAGAAGAAUUUAUUGGCAAGGUUAAAAAAGAAAAAAAAAAUCCCGAAGCACUCUAAUUCCGGAGCUGUUGUGGAAUCUUCUUUUGUCAAUCUGUCAGAACUUAAGUUGCCACUCAGACUGCACAUAAUGGAACAGACCACCAACCAGCAGGAAAGGUUUUGUUUGAUUCCUGUUCCUUCGCUGGUCACUUCGACUCGUGGAUUUUUUUCAUCCAUCCAAGGGGAGCAUUUCAAAAGGCACUGACAGAGAGGGAGGGAAGGACCCUUUUGGAUCCUGGAUGCUGCUGGAUUUGAGGAUUACAAUAUCUUCACAAAUCCUCUGUGGGAGCUGCUGCUUGAACUGGGAAAGGAGGUAAUAUCAAAACAUCACAUUCAGAAGAAUAUGGCUUUCCUCUUUGUGCAUUCCUUCUGCGUGGAUGUAAGAUUCGUGCCGGCAAUUGGAGCCGUCGAGUGAACGUUUCGUCAGCUGAAUUUAGAAGACUGCAUUUCUCUCCCUGGACUGCACGUGCACGGAUAGGGCAGGUAUAAACACUUCAAAUCACGUUCAAGAACAUUGGACUACUCUCAGCUGGAAUAAAACGUUCAAGCACUGAAAGACAUUUAACCAAACGGAUAUAAAGCUGAUCUUGGAAAAAAUGUCUUGGAAGAGGAAUUAUUUUUCAGUGGGGCGAGGGAAUGUUCAGGGAAUGUUCACCCCUCGCAGUAUGACCUCCAUAGCCCCCAGUAAGGGCCUGAUUAAUGAGCCAGGACAGAACAGCUGUUUUCUGAACAGCGCCCUGCAGGUUUUGUGGCACUUGGAUAUUUUUCGACGCAGUUUUAGGCAACUCACAACCCACAAGUGUAUGGGAGAUUCCUGCAUCUUCUGUGCUCUCAAGGGUAUCUUCAACCAGUUUCAGUGUAGCAGUGAGAAAGUGCUGCCCUCUGACACACUCCGCAGUGCCCUGGCAAAGACCUUUCAGGAUGAGCAGCGGUUCCAGUUGGGAAUCAUGGAUGAUGCAGCCGAGUGCUUUGAGAACCUCCUGAUGCGGAUUCACUUCCAUAUCGCAGAUGAGACCAAAGAAGACAUCUGCACUGCUCAUCACUGUAUUUCUCACCAGAAGUUUGCUAUGACCUUGUUUGAGCAGUGUGUGUGUACUAGUUGUGGUGCUACCUCUGAUCCACUGCCUUUUAUCCAGAUGGUACAUUACAUCUCCACCACUUCCCUUUGCAAUCAGGCGAUUUGCAUGCUGGAAAGACGAGAGAAGCCUUCCCCGGGCAUGUUUGGAGAACUGCUUCAGAAUGCCAGUACCAUGGGAGAUUUGCGGAACUGUCCGAGCAACUGCGGAGAAAAGAUCCGAAUUCGCCGGGUCCUGAUGAACGCUCCACAGAUCAUCACCAUUGGACUGGUGUGGGACUCGGGCCACUCAGAUCUGGCGGAAGAUGUCAUUCACAGUCUGGGCACCUGUCUCAAACUUGGAGAUUUGUUUUUUAGAGUGACAGAUGACCGGGCUAAACAGUCUGAACUCUAUUUAGUGGGAAUGAUCUGUUACUACGGCAAACAUUACUCCACUUUCUUCUUCCAAACAAAGAUCCGCAAGUGGAUGUAUUUUGAUGAUGCCCAUGUCAAAGAGAUUGGACCAAAGUGGAAGGAUGUGGUCACCAAGUGCAUCAAGGGACAUUAUCAGCCUUUGCUGCUGCUCUAUGCAGACCCCAGGGGAACCCCUGUUUCCACUCAGGACCUUCCUCAACAAGUGGAUCUUCAACAGUUGAGCAAGACAUGUUAUGACAGCGAGGAUUCAGGGAGGGAACCCUCCAUCUCGAGUGACACCCGUACGGACUCCUCAACUGAAAGCUAUCCAUACAGACACACUCAUCAUGAGUCUGUGGUCAGCCACUUCUCCUCUGACUCCCAGGGGACAGUCAUCUAUAAUGUGGAGAAUGAUUCUGCCUCCCAGAGUAGCCGGGACACAGGCCACUUGACUGACAGCGAGUGUAAUCAGAGGCACAUUUCCAAAAAAAGCUCCCUGAUGGACCGCAAGAGGAGUACAAGCCGGCCCAGGAGGAAAGGCGAUGAGGCACAGUCGUCUGGAUAUCACAGUGAAGGAGAAACCCUGAAGGAAAAACAAGCCCCUAGGAAUGCCCCCAAACCACCCAACAGCAGCAGCAGCAGGCUGAAGGAACUGAAAGAGACCGUCAGCAAUAUGAUCCAUCAUAGACCAGCCUUGCCCUCCCCGAACCAGCAGGGCCCGCUUCUUGGAGGGAGAAGAGGGGAUCAGACGGAGAAACUCCCUCCCAGAAACCUGACCUUGCCCGUUCAGGACUGGGAAUUGGAGAAUAACAGAAGCGAGUCCCGAUCCGGCUCAUCGGGCAAACACCGCCCAACUUGGAGACCUAAAAGGGAAUCUUUGAACAUCGAUAGCAUCUUCAGUAAGGAUAAGAGGAAGCACUGCGGCUAUACGCAGCUCAGUCCCUUCUCUGAAGACUCGGCCACUGAGCCUGCCCAGAAUAAACUGAAUGAACCGGUUACCCGAGAAACCAGAAACAACCAACCAAAUAUGCAGUACAAGAACUGGAGUCUGGGUCGGACAGCUCCAAACGCGAUGGACCAGCAUCCUCGACUGAUUCAAAGGAUGGAAUCAGGUUAUGAGAGCAGUGAGAGGAACAGCAGCAGCCCAGUCAGCCUGGAUGUAGCCUUGUCAGAAAGCUCCAGCACUUACAGAGAUCCUAAUGUGAAGAGAGCUGCUGGGAUGAUUCCGGCCUGGCGAAACAUCCCCAAGUCACAAAGCAGCAGCAGCGUCCUGGAGGUGGAGUCUACCCCAUCUUCACGGGGCUGGACAAAGAGCCAGCAAAGAACCAGUGGGAAGGUGUCUUUCCCCUUGAAGAGCGAGUUGGAUGAGCUCCAGGAGGAAGUAGCGAGGAGGGCCCAGGAGCAGGAAUUACGCAGGAAACGAGAGAAAGAAUUAGAGGCAGCCAAGGGCUUCAAUCCGCAUCCCAGCCGCUUCAUGGACCUGGAUGAGCUGCAGAAUCAGGGGAGGAGCGAUGGCUUUGAGAGGUCCAUGCAGGAGGCAGACGCGGUCUUCGAAGAAUCGCUGCACCUGGAGCAGAGGGGAGAUUGUGCUGCUGCUUUGGCUCUCUGUAAUGAAGCUAUCUCUAAACUAAGACUUGCCAUGCAUGGCGCCAGCUCUAGCACUCACAGCAGAGCCCUAGUCGAUAAGAAGCUGCAAAUCAGUGUCCGAAAAGCCCGGAGCCUCCAGGAGCGCAUGCAGCAACAGCAGUCAUCGCUGCCACCGCCAUCGGCCAGCUUGCCGCCUCAGGGGGGGCCCCCGACUCAAUCAACAAGUGAACAGCCUGUCCCGCUCCAAGUACUGCUGAGCCAGGAGGUGCCUCUGGAGCCCGGCACAGAAGCAGAAUCUGGGGCCAGUUCUUUGUGCCACCCACCACCUUCCUGCCACGAUUCAUGCUCUUUUUUGUACUCAGAUUCAGCCUCCCCUUCUGCCUCCCAACACAGUCUCCCCCCCGAAACCGUUCGUAGCAUUCGAAUUUCCUCCGUUGAUUUCGGUGGCCCUGCUCCCAAGGCCCUCCACAGGCAGGGCUAUCCGGAGGGAUCCGAGAGGAAUGCUCCCGGCUUACAGCUAACCGGGGCCCCUGGCCAAGGUGGGAAGGGCGGUAGCCGUCAGCCGCAAGUCCAGAAUGGGAGGGCCGCUUCCCAGCAGACGAAGCCCGGGCCUGCGGCUCUGCGGCCACCGAAUCUGCCCCAGCUGCAGUCAGCCCAACCGGCCUCCCCGGGCACGGGAGAAUCCCGCAGUCCCGAGUUCAUACCGACCAACUCUCCAGUGUGGCCCGGUGUCCCCGCUCCAGGGACCUAUCACCCCGUCAGCCCUGCUGCUUCCUCCCCGUUACCUCCCCGCCCUCCUAAUCCUGUGCGGAAAACGAACAGGUACCUCCGAGCCCCCGGCCACGAGACUUUGCUACCCCCGCGAGAGGCCCAGGGUGGGGAGGAACCCGGCAGGCCGGCGGCCCCGGUCUCCAAAGGACUCGUCCGCUCCUUGACGGAGCAGUUCCAGAGACUGCAGAGGGAGGGUACUUCUGAGAGGAGCUGCACGGAUUCAGGCCCACGGGAGAAGAAGCUGCCACCAAGAAUGACCAAGGAGACCUCCCCUUCCGGCUACAAGCCACUUCUGAGUGCAGGGAAUGGAAUUGGGUCCUCGGAAAAGCUGCCUUCCUCUUUGAACAGUCGAGACGGACUGGUUUCUGGACGGGGUCUGACCGGCCAUCACAACCUCCCCAGGAACACCGACAACCCCGGCGAUGAGAUUGCCAGAAGUGGAGGGCGCGUUAUUCCAGAUCGAUUCCAGUAUCAAGGAAGACAUAUCGAAGGCGAUGGGAAGCAGAUGGAGCCCGGCAGCAGCGUCAACUUGGCCGCUUCCCUGCCUGUGGGAGACAAGACCGCAAGACUUUAUGCAUCUCAUCCAGACUGCAGGAACGUCGAGUGGCUCCCCGUGUUAGCCAGGAAUCCGUCCCCUUGUGAUCCUCACGCAAUCCCGGCCUUCUCAGAGCGGAGCCAUAUCCUCCUCCACCCACAGUGGAAUCAGGAUACCGAGCAGGAGGCAUCUGAGCUUGAGUCUCUUUAUCAGGCCAGUCUGCAGAAAUCUCAGGCCAGCCGGCCUGGAUGGGGAAAGCUGGACGGGCCCCAGCAGCUGCUGCUCAACCAGCCAGGUUUCAUGCACCCAGCUGGGCGGAAGCUGCACUCAGCCCCCGGCCUCAAUCUCUCCAAAACACCAACGUCGGAGCUGGAGCACAUUCUCUGUGGAACAUCUGUGUCUUCUUAUUCCAAGGCUGACCAGAGCAGGGACCCCAGCAGGGAGCGUGAAGAAGAAGAGCUGUACAGUGCGGAGAACUUCCGUCGGAUUGCCCGCAGUCUCAGUGGAACUGUCAGCUCCAGUAGAGAAGAGGCCCUCGUUGUGUCUCAGAGCUUUGAAGCGUCAAAUGUGAGGAGAAAGCCGGCGGAAACAAGGCACCGUUCUUCCAGCUCCUCUUCCCUCUCUGUCUCCCGCGAUCCUCCUGUGUUUUCCUUUGACCCCACCCAGCUGCAGCACCUGUCCCGGGAUGUUGUUGGGGAGAUCCCUAAGCGCACAGGAGAUCGGGACGGUGUCCGGAAACUCGCGGCCGUGUCUGACGGGGACGAAACGUCCCGAAGCGAAGAGCUCGCCUCCGUGGCCCCGAACUACAGGAGCCUGCCGCAUUCCCGGAGAGUCCCCUCCUCCGGACAGCUGCAGCCCCUUGACGGCCCGUCCGUGGGAGGAGGGAUCCGGAGUAACCCAGACCACUGGCUGCAGCAGGUGAAGCCCACCUCCCGAGAAACGGCCACGCUGCCCGAGAGGCGGCAGGGGCACCGGCGUUACCAUCCCCAGCCCCGCAGUGGGCCCUGGGAGAGUCCCAACUUCCAGCAACGCAAGUAUGAGGACUUUCCGGCCCAACCCAAAGCCCCCGCACCCCCCAGCUUAAACUCGUGUCGCACGCAAAUGCGCCAGGAGCCGCCUUGGGAUUCCGGGGCCCCUCAGAGCUAUUUGGGGCACCCCCUAGCCCGGACCCCAGGCCCCCGGAGAGUGGAUAUGCCCCCAGAUGAUGACUGGAGGCAGAACAGUUACAUCCCGCAACCUGGCCGGAGCAGGACGCUGCCUGGGACUACGGCAGAGGGGCCUCUGACUGCCGCCUCCGAUUCCCAUCGCAGGAUGCUAGCCCGGACGGCGGCCCUGCAGAACAGCGGAUGGUGACGGGGUCGGAGGCCACGGCCGGGAUUCUUCCCUCACGGCUGACCGGGUGCAGGAGCAUCCUCGAACACCGCCGCCAGAACCCCUUUUAAUACCUGGGCCGUCUUCGUCUAAACGUACAGCCGGGUGUGAGACGCGGGCCCCGCGUCCCGGUACCAGUGAGGCGCUCCCGCUGGUUUCCGGGAGGGAGCCAGCCUGGCUGUCGGGACGAUGCUUCAAAAUCUGUUCCGUCUCCCCCAGCAGAAGGUCGUCAGAGACAGUGAGAUCCAGGCCAGAUUCUCCACUCAUACAGUGAUGAGUUUGAGGACUACCCCGGAAUGUCCCACUGGCAGUUCCUCAGUUUCCCCAAGUCCCCUGCCCCACGAUGGAGCCCGUGGGGAGCCCCCCCGCCGUCCGGAGGGCUGGAAUUCGUUAAAAGACCUGUUCUGUGAACUGUGAAAAAUCGCUUCUUUAUGAGGUACCCAGGGCCCCCCACACCCGUUAACCACGCUGACCCUUCACGACCAGGCAAGCUAACACUACUCACAGCAGCAGACGUCAUUGUUAUUGUUCCGUGCUCAACUCACCGUUGGAAACACACAGAGUAAGUUGAACUAUUUUAGGCCAAAUGUGUUUUGUAAGUAUUUUUCAAAUAAAUCUAUGAAA